GCCUGCCCCUCCCAUGGCACCCCACGCAGCAGGACCCAAGGACCAAGCACGCAGGAGGACUUGGACCGCGCUUGCCAUGAGGCCUGUGGACUUCUGGUCUUGUCAUUUCUCACAGGCCUGACACCAUAAGCAGCACUGACAUUUCUACAUUUGCUGAAUGUAUACCAGGAGGAGGGGAGGGGCAGCUCCCUAGCUCAAGAGCAAGUAGCCCAAGGCCCCAGGAGACCAGAAGAAGUUCUCGGCCAUUCAGGAUGGUUUCCCAGGGAUCCCCUCCCUCCCUGCUGGAGGCCCUGAGCAGCGACUUCCUAGCCUGUAAGAUCUGCCUGGAGCAGCUGCGGACACCCAAGACGCUGCCCUGUCUGCACACCUACUGCCAGGACUGCCUGGCCCAGCUGGCCGAGGACAGCCACGUCCGCUGCCCCGAGUGCCGCGAGACGGUGCCCGUGCCGCCUGCGGGUGUGGCAGCCUUCAAGACCAACUUCUUUGUCAAUGGGCUGCUGGACCUGGUGAAGGCCCGGGCCUGCGGAGACCUGCGUGCGGGGAAGCCAGCCUGUGCCCUGUGUCCCCUGGUAGGGGGCACCAGCGCCGGGGGACCGGCCACAGCCCGGUGCCUGGACUGCGCCGACGACUUGUGCCAGGCCUGUGCCGACGGGCACCGCUGCACCCGCCAGACCCACACCCACCGGGUGGUGGAUCUGGUGGGCUACAGGGCGGGGUGGUAUGAUGAGGAGGCACGAGAGCGCCAGGCAGCCCAGUGCCCCCAGCACCCUGGGGAGGCGCUGCGCUUCCUGUGCCAGCCCUGCUCCCAGCUGCUGUGCCGAGAGUGCCGCCUGGGCCCUCACCUGGACCACCCCUGCCUGCCCCUGGCUGAGGCCGUGCGUGCCCGGAGGCCUGGCCUUGAGGAGCUGCUGGCGGGUGUGGACAGCAACCUGGUGGAGCUGGAGGCGGCCCGGAUGGUGGAGAAGGAAGCGCUGGCCCGGCUGCGGGAGCAGGCAGCCCGGGUGGGGACACAGGUGGAGGAGGCGGCUGAGCGGGUCCUCCGGGCCCUCCUGGCCCAGAAGCAGGAGGUGCUGGGGCAGCUACGGGCCCAUGUAGAGGCUGCCGAGGAGGCUGCUCGGGAGAGGCUGGCGGAGCUCGAGGGCCAUGAACAGGUGGCCAGGGCAGCAGCCGCUUUUGCCCACCGGGUGCUCAGCCUGGGUCGAGAGGCCGAGAUCCUCUCCCUGGAGGGGGCGAUUGCCCAGAGGCUCCGGCAGCUGCAGGGCUGCCCCUGGACUCCUGGGCCAGCCCCCUGCCUGCUGCCCCAGCUGGAGGUGCAUCCCGGGCUCCUGGACAAGAACUGCCACCUGCUUUGGCUCUCCUUUGAGGCGCAGCAGUCCCAGGUUGACAGUGGGAAAGAUGGAGCUGGCGCCCAGGGGGGCGAUGAGGCGCAGAGCCACACAGAGGGUGUGGCCAAGGCAGAGAGACAGAAUGGAGUCCAGCCCCAGGGCAGGGAUGGAGCACAGACCCCGAAAGAGGACAGGGCCCAGACACCCCGAGAAGAUAGAGCCCAGACCCCGGAAAAAGACAGAGCCCAGAUGCCCCAAGAGGAAGGAGGAGCCCAGCACCAGAAGGGCAGCAUGUCCAACAAGAAGAGAAAGUUCAAAGGCAGACUCAAGUCGAUUUCCCGGGAGCCCAGCCCAGCACCUGGGCUCAACCUGGAAGGCUCUGGCCUCCUCCCCAGGCCCAUCUUUUCCUGCAGCUUCCCCACACGGAUGCCUGGAGACAAGCGGUCUCCCCGGAUCACUGGACUCUGUCCCUUUGGCCCCCGGGAGAUCCUGGUGGCGGAUGAGCAGAACCGGGCGCUGAAACGCUUCUCCCUCAAUGGCGACUACAAGGGCACUGUGCCAGUCCCUGAGGGCUGCUCCCCUUGCAGUGUGGCCGCUCUGCAGGGUGCCGUGGCCUUCUCCGCUGGUGCAAGGCUCUACCUCAUCAGCCCUAAUGGCGAGGUGCAGUGGCGCCGGGCCCUGAGCCUCUCUCAGGCCAGCCACGCUGUGGCUGCACUGCCAAGUGGGGACCGUGUGGCCGUCAGCGUGGCAGGCCAUGUGGAGGUGUACAACAUGGAAGGCAGCUUGGCCACCCGAUUCAUCCCUGGGGGUAAAGCGAACCGGGGCCUGCGGGCAUUGGUGUUCCUGACCACCAGCCCCCAGGGCAAUUUCGUGGGGUCGGAUUGGCAGCAGAAUAGCGUGGUGGUCUGUGACGGGCUGGGCCAGGUGAUUGGAGAAUACAGGGGCCCAGGCCUGCACGGCUGCCAGCCAGGCUCCGUGUCCGUGGAUAAGAAGGGCUACAUCUUUCUGACCCUUCGAGAGGUCAACAAGGUGGUGAUCCUGGACCCGAGGGGGUCACUUAUUGGAGAUUUCCUAACGGCCUACCAUGGCCUGGAAAAGCCCCGGGUGACCACCAUGGUGGAUGGCAGGUACCUGGUCGUGUCCCUCAGUAAUGGGACCAUCCACGUCUUUCGGGUCCGCUCUCCUGACAGCUAAAGGGGCCAGGACUGGGGAAGCGGUGGGGGCAGAGGAGGGCAGGAGGGAGGCAGAGCUGCCCAUGGGAUGUGGCGGCUGAGGACGUUUUCCUGAAGGGCAGGGGUUGACGACUUUUCAGUGUGAAGUGCCAAACUGCUAACCCCUCUCGUGGUGUGCAGGGAUGGGGA